AUGUCAUCUCAACAACUCGCCAUCAUCGCCGGCGUCGGCUCAGGCACCGGAGCAUCCCUCGCUCGUCGCUUUGCCUCCAAAUACACCGUCAUCCUCCUUGCCAGAAAACCAAGCAGCUACCAACCCGUCGAGAAAGAAAUAAACGAAAAUGGUGGCAAAGCCCACGGCAUUAGCACCGAUAUUUCCAACCCGGAGAGCGUGAAAGCCGCUUUUGAGGAAAUCUUGACCAAAUUCCCCAACGCAUCAGUUCAAACCGCGAUUUUCAACGCUAGUGGCAUGUUUGUGAGGAAACCUUUGCUGGAUAUUACUAUGGAGGAUAUGGAUGCGGGACUUGGCGUGAGCGUUCGAGGAGCCCUCCUCUUCGCCCAAACCGUCCUCCCCCUCCUCCUCAACUGUCCCCCCUCCCAUCAAAUCCCCCCUUCCCUCUUCUUCACCGGCAGCACCGCCGCAAUCAAAGCCAACCCCACUAGUGCCGUGAUGUGCGUUCCCCGACACGGCCUCCGCGCUCUAGCGAUUUCCGCCGCGAAGGAAUUCGGUCCUAAAGGCGUUCAUGUCGUCCACGUGAUUGUGGAUGGUGCGAUUGAUACGCCUUGGGGCCAGCCUUUUCUUCGGGAUAAGCCGCUGGAGGAGAGAAUUGAUCCUGAGGGGAUUGCGCAGAUGUAUUGGGAUUUGCAUUUGCAAGGAAGGAGGGGGUUUACGUUUGAGGUUGAUGUUAGGGGGAUGGGGGAGAGGUGGUAG